AUGCCUCCUGCUUCACCGCCCUCACUCGCCCAGGAAGCCUAUUCCCAGAUUCCGGAGCUCCAGAAACAGGUUCGAGAUCUCAGAACAAAUCUCAAGCAGGAGCAGACUGCCAAUGCAUACCUUGGUGUUAUGCCCGCAAGCCAGCCCUGGGACAGCUUAGUAUCGACCGACUCAACAACGAAAAGGCAUCAACCGAUGGAAAUUGGCAAGGCUGCCAGGAACUUUCUAUCUGAAGGCAACAAAGGCGAUGUUAGGAAGAGAAAGCGCGUGUGUUUCACGCAAGACCGAGUUCCAGUUCGUUCUUUUCCUACUGAGGUUAACUGGGGUGGAUCGGCGGUUGAGGUAUAUCUCAAGGUCCCGUUGUCGAGCAAGAUUCAACCACCUGAGUCUUUCAUGACAUUGUGGGGUCUUGUUGAGUGGCUGACUAACCGCAUCAACGGUACCAAUGGCCGCGGCGCUACUGAAGAGAAGGCUGCGUUGCAGAAGAUCUCAGAAUGGGCUGCAAAAAUACAUGGUCACCUCGAUGCUGACAACACACAACGACGGAUUUUCUUGGUCAGCUUAAUUGGAAAGCAGGUAAAGCUAAAUUCGGGCGCCUACUUGAAGCUAGUUGGCAUGAUUGAAGGCGAGUUUGCGGUACAAGAUACAGAGGGCGUGAAUCACAUUGUGGGAAAGCAUGUAGAACUGGAAAGUAUGCAACCAUAUGCAUCUGUGUAA